GGGAGGAGUAGGAGGAUCCGGAGGGCGACUUUUCUUUUAUUUGAGCUUGACACUUCGCCGCGAGCGCACACACACCGGAAGUGCCGAAUGAGACGUCAAGCUCUCCUAUCUAUCUCUUUCCGCCUAACGAGUCGAGAAAUUGAGAGAAAGCGAUAGAAGGCGAAGGGACGACAGGAUGUCACUGGAUCUUCGAUUAGAUUUCGCCGAGAAAGGUGUCGUGAUCCGCGACUUCGCGGUGCAGCAAAUCGGAUAAAGAGAUCGUUCGGAGGCGAGUUAUGCCGAAGUCCUUCUCCAGCGCCGAAGAGAAUGCCAAAGACAGAAAGAACAGAGCUGGUGCGACAAAGACUUUAGUGAUAGUGACCUCAUCGUAUACCUCGACGAAGUCUGGAUCUACGCUAGAGCAGAAUAUCAACCCUCAGUAUUUCCCUUCCAAAGAGAUAAGUAUAUCUAACAAUAUUUGAGCAAAAAAAUUGCCUCGAUAAACGCAACGGAGACCCCUUUAAUGAGAGAACGUACGCGUAAGUGGUGCAUCAAAGGAUAGUGGAGCAUCAUUACCAGACGAACGAGUCACAAGAAGAAAGGUGAUUACACGUCUACGGAUCUCGUCAUCGAGCAAGCCUGCCGAGAUUGAAGCGCGUAGGCACUCGAUGAAUCGCCCGAUCGCCGCGGAAUAUUAUUGUCUCGGGGUGGUUUUCGAAACGAACCCUCGAAGCGGCGAAACUGGGAGUUCUCGAAUCGCACGGAACGUCAAAGGAGAAGCGCCGGUGCCCGGGGCGAGUCCUCGACGCGUGCCAGGCUGCUGAUCACAGGCACCGCAGCGAAAAGAGUAGGAGAGGGACCGGAGAAUACGGGCAAAGAAAGAGAAAGGCGGACGAGAAAGAGAGAAAGAGGGAGGCAAGAACGGGAGCAACUUCAGCAUCAUCUCGAGCGAGGGGUCCUUCCGUUCGGGUGCUAGGGGUGUGCAGCCCUGGACGAAGGGUCGCACUCGACUCUUUUAAAGUGGGCAAAGAAGAGGAGACGUCCUCGGGGCGAUGACAGGAUGCCUCCAACUCGUACAGGACGCGCAUACAACAGACCGCCGUCCAGGAUCGCCACGAGAAUCGGCCCCGUUGUCGCUCUUCUGCUGAUUCUGUUCGAGCAUCGUUGCGCAGUUAGCCUAAUGAGCAAUUCCGUGGAUGAUUGGAACGACAGCGUCGUCUGUAACGGCAUACCGGGACUGACGAAGGAGCAACGCGAGCUCUGCCACGGAAAUCCCGAUGUUACCGUAGCCGCGACGAAGGGCCUGCAAAUGGCCAUAUCCGAGUGUCAGCAUCAAUUCAUGUGGCACAGGUGGAAUUGCUCGUCCCUCACACCCAGCAGUAGAAUUCAACAGAGCAGCGUCCUUCUUCAACGAGGUUACAGGGAAACUGCAUUUGCGUACGCGAUCUCGGCCGCUGGCGUGGCUCAUAACGUGGCUCGUGCCUGCAGCAUGGGUCGCCUACUUUCCUGCGGCUGCGAUUCUUCGAAUUACAAGGGUAAAACUCCGGUGAAUGCCAGAGGCGUUCAAUGGAAGUGGGGUGGCUGCUCUCACAAUCUCGACUACGGCAUGGAGUUCUCGAGACAGUUCCUAGACACGCGGGAGAAAAGCGGCGACAUACAGUCUACGGUGAAUCUACACAAUAAUCAAGCCGGUCGUUUGGCAGUGGCGAACAACAUGCAGGUACGCUGCAAGUGCCACGGGAUGUCCGGUUCGUGCGAGCUAAAGACCUGCUGGAGGGUCACGCCGGACUUCCGGAUGGUCGGGAAGGCCCUGAAGGAUCGCUACCGGAACGCCGUGCUGGUGACGCAGAGCAAUCUGGGCAGCGUGACGCCGUCUGUCAGAGCUCGAGGAUCGCGUCGAAGGCGGCCCGAUGGCCGGCACAGGCAGAGGAAGCAUCGCGAUCACGGCGGUUCCGGCCGCAAGAGAAAACCCCGGGACCUCGGCAAGCAGCUCUUCUACUAUCAGAAGUCGCCCAACUUUUGCGAACGGGACCCGACGGCCGACAUCGCCGGCACCGCCGGUCGCAGGUGCAACAAGACCAGCGCCGGCGGUGACGGAUGCGCGAAUUUGUGCUGCGGCAGGGGCUACAACGUCGUACGGCAACGGCGAACGGAGCGAUGCAAGUGCAAGUUUCACUGGUGCUGCUUCGUCCAGUGUCAGAACUGCACGGUGGAGGAAUGGAUCACGGUUUGCAAAUAGGACGCGAGAGGAGCAAGCGACAGUCAAAGACUGAUACAGAUUUUUCUUCCUCUUUUCGUUUCCGCGAAGAUGGUCAACGUCUCGCACAGUUCGAGAAUGAUUAUAGGAGAAGAAAUUAACUCCGGGGAUUUUCUCGUCGUCCCAAGAAUCGAUCGAGGGACGUAUUUAAGUCGAGAGAGGAUUCAAUAAUAUAGGGUUCUUAUUGAAAUCGGGAUUAACAGGCACAAGUUUCUCCUGGGCAAUCGUAAUGUAGGAGCAGAUAUCUCCCUGCUACCUUUGGAUCUCCGUGAACGUAUUAGAAAGGUAAUAAUCUUUAUUAGUAAAAUUAAAUCCAAUUUCUAGGGGAGAGAUGGAAAACCUUUGAAUGCGAUAGUAAUUCGAUCUUCGACUUCAUUCGUCGUCGUUUGAAAUUACGCAGCCUUUCGUCUUAAUUCUCAUUGCCGAAAUAGAAUGGCGCAGAUUUUGUAUGUUAUCGAAGAGUCUAAACUCAAAUUUCGCAUUAGUGUUUUUUGAUGUAACAAGAAACUGACUGACAGAAAUUGUACUCUACUUAACGCCCAUUACGGAAAUUAUACUUUAAUAUAUAUCGUCAAUCAUCUGCGAAUUUUACUAAUUGUAAGCGUAUCGAAGAAAUGUCGAUCGCAGAGAUCUAAUCGCAUUAUAUAUAAGAGAAUUUGCGCAAGUAAUAUAUAUUAUAU